AUGGAUUACAUCACCAUUAUUAAUUUAACCUGUCAUUUUUGCUACAUAAUCCCCAUCCUUCUGGCCGUAGCAUUUUUAACCUUAAUUGAACGUAAGGUUUUAGGUUACAUACAACUCCGUAAAGGACCCAACCUAGUAGGCCCUUACGGGCUCCUCCAACCACUUGCUGACGGUGUUAAGCUCUUUAUUAAAGAACCAAUUCGCCCUUCAUCCUCAUCUUCAACCCUUUUUAUUCUCACCCCUAUCCUAGCGCUCACCUUAGCACUGACCUUGUGAGCCCCCAUACCUAUACCUUACCCCGUAUUAAAUAUCAACCUUACUAUUUUACUAAUUAUAGCUAUCUCUAGCCUUGCAGUGUACUCAAUUCUAGGGUCUGGAUGAGCAUCAAAUUCAAAAUACGCACUAAUCGGAGCCUUACGAGCUGUAGCCCAAACAGUAUCAUAUGAGGUUAGCUUGGGCUUAAUUUUACUUGCCUCUGUAAUUCUGGCCGGUGGCUUUACCUUGCAAACAUUCAACACAACCCAAGAAGCUAUUUGACUAAUACUACCAACUUGACCUCUUGCUGCAAUAUGAUAUGUUUCAACCCUCGCCGAAACCAACCGAACUCCUUUUGAUCUUACAGAAGGUGAAUCGGAAUUAGUCUCGGGCUUUAAUGUUGAAUACGCAGGAGGACCCUUCGCAUUAUUUUUUCUAGCAGAAUAUGCUAACAUCCUAGUAAUGAACACUUUGUCAGCAAUCCUGUUUCUAGGAACAAACACUUUUCCACUACUACCCUACCUUACCACCUCAAUUUUAAUAAUCAAAGCAGCUUUUCUUUCAAUAGUAUUUUUAUGGGUCCGAGCCUCCUACCCUCGAUUUCGAUAUGAUCAAUUAAUACACCUAACAUGGAAAAACUUUUUACCCCUUACAUUAGCAUUAGUUAUUUGACACCUAUCAUUCCCUAUUACGCUAGGGGGUUUACCACCUCAACUUUAAAUAGCUUAGAUAAAUCCUACGAUUAUUUAAAUAAGGUCCUUUUACAGCUUUAAUCCCACCAACACCUUAGGAAGAAGGGAUUUGAACCCUGCCGAAGAGAUCAAAACUCUUAGUGCUUCCGUUACACUACUUCCUAAAGUAAAACAGACUAAUUAAACUUUGGAAUUAAGACUCCAAAAAGAGGGUUAAACCCCCUCUUACUUAAAUGACACGAGUGGCUCCUGUCCUGAUUACAAUCUUAAUUUCUUUAACCUCAUUUAUUAUCACUCUUAUUUUCGCAAACUCUUGUUGAAUUUUAGCAUGAGUUGGGUUAGAAAUUAAUGCACUAAUUAUUCUCCCUUUUAUAACUCAAAAAAAAUACUCUCGUAAUCUCGCACCAUCCCCGAAAUACUUUUUUACCCAGGUUAUUGCCUCCGUAAUAAUCCUUUUUGCUAUUGCUUUAAAUGCUUGGUACACCAGCGAAUGAUUUAUAAAUUCAACAUCUAACCCCACCGCAAUUAACAUUGCCACUUGUGGACUCGCUAUAAAAUUAGGUAUUGCUCCCUUCCACAUCUGGUUUCAAAUAAUCCUAGAACGCGUAACUUUACCCCUUGCUUUAGCUCUUGCCACUUGACAAAAACUAGCCCCUUUCACCCUUUUAACAUAUUUAACCCCACAUAACCACUACAUAUUUAUGCUUAUAGGAGUAUGAUCAAUACUAGUUGGGGGCACAGUAAUGUAUCGUCGAACUGAUUUACACAAACUUUUAGUCGCCUCCUCAGCUAUCCACUCAGGUUUAGUGCUUUUAAUCUUACAAUUCUCUCAACCUCUUGCAUUAGUAACCCUUCUUACUUAUUUUCUUAUAACCUUCUCCACCUUCACACUAUCUAACAUGUGAUACUCCACAAUUAUGUCCCCCUUGCCCAUAUCUUGGUCAAGUCCUCCUAUUUUUACCCCCUUAACACCCUUGAUUUCCUUAAUAAUAGGAACAUUCCCUAAUAUUACUUAUACCCACCCAGAAUGACUAGCCGUUUCUUACCCUUGGUUAACCAAAAUUGACAUGUUAACAAUACUUACGGCGCUCUCUUCACUUAUUAGCUUGUAUUUAUACCUCCGGUUAUCGUAUGCAUUUGUCCUAACAACCCCCUCUCACAUGGACCCUGGGGACAACUCUCAAAACUUAAUCAACUUACACCUCACGGUUCGACUGCUUGGUACACUGGUUUUAACAGUAAUCCUAGUCUACGUGCUCUAUAAUAUUUUCUUUAGGUAACCAACAGUAAAAAUAAGGGGUUUAGGUUAACUUAAACCAGGGGCCUUCAAAGCCCCUAAUAGGAGUUAAAAUCUCUUAACCCCUGAUAAAGAUCUAAAUUACAUUUAAAUUUAUUUAAACCGGGGCCGUGCCCGAAACCUAAGGACCACUUUGAUAGAGUGUGUUACAGGAGUUAAAAUCUCCUCGACCCCUUAAAAAAUUUAAAAUCUAAUAACACAUUAAACCUAUUAAUGCUUUAUCCAUCACUUUUUCGAAGUAAAAUCAGCUAAAUAAGCUCUUGGGUCCAUACCCCAAAAAUGAGGGUUAAAUUCCCCCUUUUACUGAUGCACCCUAUUGCACUAUUUGUAAUCGUAUCCUCAAUCUCUCUUGGCACUUCCCUAGCUUUUGCAAGCUCAUAUUGAAUCCUAGCAUGAAUCGGAUUAGAGAUUAACACAUUAGCCAUACUACCCCUCAUGAGCCAAGCCAUGUACUCCCGCCCUGUUGAAGCAGCCACCAAAUACUUUCUAGCCCAAGCUGUUGCCUCCGCAUUAAUCCUUUUCGCCAUUAUUCUUAAUGCUUGAAUAACUGGACAAUGAACUAUUAACACAACAUCGGACCCUAUCGCGAUUAAUACAGCCACCCUCGGCCUAGCUAUAAAACUAGGGGUAGCCCCUCUACACAUCUGGCUGCCGGAAGUUAUACAAGGUGUAACUUUAACUACCGGCUUAAUUUUGUCCACCUGACAAAAACUGGCCCCUUACGCCCUCUUAGCCCAAUUGACCCCUCACAAUCAAGUAAUACUUCUUACCAUAGGCUUAUUAUCCACCCUAGUUGGCGGCUGAGGAGGCUUAAAUCAAACCCAGUUGCGCAAGCUUUUAGCCUACUCUUCAAUUGCUCAUUUAGGGUGGGUACUUUUAAUCCUGCAGUUCUCCAAACCUCUUGCAUUUGUAACACUUAUUACUUAUUUUAUCACAACAUUCUCCGUAUUCACCUUGUCCAAUAUAUAUAAAGCCACAACUAUCAACUCUUUGUCGAUAGCGUGGACCAAAGCACCCGCCCUUACUGCCCUCACUCCUUUAAUUAUUCUAUCUCUUGGAGGCCUCCCCCCUCUUACUGGCUUUGGACCAAAGUGAAUAAUUAUGUUUAACCUUUCAAUAGCUGAUCUUAGCAUAUUAGCAGUACUAGCUGCAUUCUCUUCCCUCAUUAGCCUGUAUUUUUACCUCCGGUUAACGUAUACACUCACCUUAAUAACCCCUCCCAAUAUUGCACCUACUGUAACCUCUUGACGUUUAACAAACUUAAACCCCACAAUACGCCUAGCUAUCCCAGCAACUUUAGCACUAGUCUUGCUCCCAGUACUACCCGACAUCUUGUCUAUACUCUUCUAGAACAUUGUACAAACCAUUAAAUAGCUUAACAAACAGCCUUAGACCCAAAUUUAAUAAGACCUGCAGGUUGUUAACCCACAUCAACUGCAUGCAAAACAGACACUUUAAUUAAGCUAAGGCCUUGCUAGACAGGCAGGCCUUUAUCCUACAAAAUCCUAGUUAACAGCUAGGCGCCCAAACCAGCGAGCAUCAGUCUACCUUUCCCCCGCCUUUUAAAGGCGGGAAGGCGGGGGAAAGCCCCGGCAGACGUUAACCUGCUUCUCUAGAUUUGCAAUCUAACAUGUAACACCUCAAGGCUUGGUAAGAAGGGGGCUAAACCCCUGUGUAUGGGGCUACAAUCCACCGCUUGCUCAGCCACCUUACCUGUGAUAAUUUCUCGUUGAUUUUUCUCUACUAAUCAUAAAGACAUUGGCACCCUCUAUUUAGUAUUUGGUGCUUGGGCUGGUAUAGUGGGCACUGCUCUUAGCCUACUUAUUCGAACUGAGUUGAGUCAGCCGGGUGCUCUUCUUGGGGAUGAUCAAAUCUACAACGUUACCGUGACUGCCCAUGCCUUCGUAAUAAUUUUUUUCAUAGUAAUACCAAUCAUAAUUGGAGGUUUUGGAAACUGGCUUAUCCCGUUAAUAAUUGGUGCCCCGGAUAUAGCAUUCCCCCGAAUGAACAAUAUAAGUUUCUGACUUCUACCCCCAGCUUUUCUUCUCCUGCUCGCAUCCGCAGCUGUAGAAGCUGGAGCUGGCACAGGGUGAACAGUAUACCCGCCUCUAGCUGGCAACCUUGCACACGCUGGCGCUUCUGUUGACAUAACUAUUUUUUCUCUACACCUUGCCGGUGUUUCAUCAAUUCUUGGGGCUAUUAAUUUUAUUACUACCAUUAUUAACAUAAAACCGCCCGCAAUUACACAAUAUCAAACACCCUUAUUUGUUUGGGCUGUUUUAAUUACGGCCGUACUUCUUUUAUUAUCUCUUCCUGUAUUAGCGGCUGGGAUCACUAUACUACUAACCGACCGAAAUCUGAACACAACUUUCUUUGACCCUGCUGGGGGCGGGGACCCGAUCCUUUACCAACACUUAUUCUGAUUCUUUGGCCAUCCUGAAGUGUAUAUUCUUAUUCUCCCUGGGUUUGGCCUCAUCUCACACAUUGUUGCUUAUUACGCAGGUAAAAAAGAACCUUUUGGGUAUAUAGGAAUGGUCUGAGCUAUACUAGCUAUUGGUCUUCUUGGCUUCAUCGUGUGAGCCCACCACAUAUUUACGGUUGGAAUAGAUGUAGACACCCGAGGUUAUUUUACCUCUGCCACGAUAAUUAUUGCCAUCCCCACAGGCGUAAAAGUAUUCAGCUGAUUGGCCACUUUACACGGGGGCUCCAUUAAAUGAGAAGCCCCAUUGCUCUGAGCUCUUGGGUUUAUUUUUUUAUUCACUGUCGGAGGUUUAACAGGUAUUAUCUUAGCAAACUCUUCAUUAGACAUCGUCCUUCACGACACAUAUUAUGUAGUUGCUCAUUUCCACUAUGUUCUUUCCAUAGGGGCUGUAUUCGCAAUUAUGGGUGGUUUCGUACACUGAUUCCCACUAUUUACAGGCUACACUUUACAUAGCGGAUGAACCAAAGUACAUUUUAUAGUCAUGUUUGCAGGUGUAAAUCUUACAUUUUUCCCACAACACUUCUUAGGAUUAGCUGGCAUACCACGCCGAUACUCAGACUACCCAGAUGCCUACACUUUAUGAAACACAACCUCUUCAGUUGGCUCUUUAAUCUCUCUAGUAGCAGUAAUUAUACUCCUUUUUAUUAUCUGAGAAGCAUUUGCUGCAAAACGAGAAGUACAAUUUAUUCAGUUCACAUCCACCAAUGUGGAAUGACUACAUGGAUGUCCUCCUCCUUAUCACACAUUUGAGGAGCCUGUUUUUGUGCGGGCUCUACCUCACACAACGAGAAAGGAAGGAAUCGAACCUCCAUAGAGUGGUUUCAAGCCACUUACAUUACCACUAUGAUACUUUCUUAUAUAA